AUGGCAUCCUCUCGGAAGCGUUAUUCGGACGAAGAGUGGCUCCAGCAUCGAGCUGAAAUCAAGCACUUGUUCCUGAACGAGUCAGCUUCUUUCAACGAGAUCAUGCGAAAGCUCGAAGAAGAUGGCUUUCCUGUAACGAAAUCGCAGCUUGAGUACAAGUUGAAGGUCUGGGGUCUCCGUAGGAGAAUCCAAAAGAACAAGACCGAGAUGCUGUGGCAAUUCGUUGACGGCCGCCUUUCCAUGCGGGAAAAGCAAGGCAAACUCAGCGAAAUUAUCCAUGAUGAAAACUCAAGUCCUCGUACACCUCCAGAGCUGAACAUCUCGGUCUGCACGCCGGUAUCCUUCCCAAUGACGUUUGCCUGGUCGAGGAGUCUUCCCUGGCUUCAAUUUCAGUCCAUUUACCCACAACUGCCGCAAGAUUUCGGAACACGCAUGCGAAUUGAUACUGAGCGCAAUUUUUCCAAUUCUCUCGGAGAUCUUGACGUGUGGGGCAUCUUGGAUAUGCCAGAAUCAAGUAACAAGUCAAAUGUCCUGCUUCUCGCCGCUCAACUUGGUUCGAUGAUGCCCGAGGCAGAAGAGGGCGAGAACACUGGUCUCGCACAAGCUCUACUCAAAGCACCGAGCCAAACGACGAUACACGAAUACCACAAAUUCCUUAUCUACCGGAUCUCUAACAACAUGGAGAAUGGUACGAGCGAUGAGGGCGACUUAUCUCGUUGGUUCUGGACUGUCAAUGUGCUCGAAACUUCUGGCAUCAUGAAUUUGAACCUUGCAACAGGAAAGACAUCAAGCCCAACAAUAAGCGCAUUUAUUGAGAAGCUCUUCCAGAUCGCACUUUCUACAAUGGAUCAAUUAUCCUGGGACGAUUAUGACGCCCAUGAGGUAGCAAGAGCCAAGAGGGUUGUGCAGUGGUUGCUGUCCUUGGGACAAUCUCCGAACACACCGAUCAAAGUUUUCGGCGAGGCGCUCACGCCGUUGAAAGUGGCAGUUAGAUCGCAUGAAUCACGACUUGCACUUCAGCUAUUGGAUUCUGGUGCCGACCCCAGCCUCUCAUAUGAGAGGUUCAGUGGCUUUCUGGACGAUUCAGAGUGUCUCGAUGCCUACAACGAUGAUGAAAUCGACCCUAUGGCGACUGAAGUCUUCAAGCGCCUCGUAGAUUUCGGCCUCUCUCAAGACGAAUCAAUAGAUGGAGAUCGACCUUCAUCUUUGAUGGCAGUCACUCGGCAUGGUACUAUUUCUCUGAUCGAUAUACUCGUACAACGUGGAGCCAACGUUUUGUACUGUUCAUCGGGCGACAACGACGGCCUCAGGCUUCCUUUCUCCAGGAAAGUCAGCGUGCUCGGUUGCGCAGCUGGCAUCUUAGACGAGGCGAGAGCAAAGAAAACUGUUGAGCAUCUACUGGACCGCGCACAGUCGAUCAACCCAUAUGUACCACGACCGGAUUUUAUCAAGGUCGACGUUAUCAUGAAUGCUGCGUCGAGUGGUCACCUUGCUGUGCUGGACUUCCUCCACAGCAUUGGCUGCGAUGUCGUUGGAGCUGAGAGUGAAGGCAUCACUUCCCUGCACAUGGCGGCAGCGUUUGGCUUCCCCAACGUCUGUAGAUGGCUUCUCAGUCAUGGCUCGUCGGUUCACGGACCUAACUUAUCGAACGAGGCUCCAACUCCUCUGACCUUCGCGGCCUUCGGACAAAACGAUGAAGUGGUCCAACUUCUGCAUCGUCAUGGGGCUGAUCUCAAUGCAAGCUUCGCCGUCAAUCCUGACAGCUGUUCGUGGAUUACCUGCUGCCCAAGCCAAUACCGCAAGGUAUUGAGAGAGGGUGUUGGCCGGUUGGGGAAUUGCUUCAUGAAUCCAGCGGGCGCUGCGAUCUUACGGGGCCAUUGGGACAACACAACAUACAACUAUCUGGCCCAAAAUGGGGCCAGAAUGCCCGAAUGGGCCAUUUACUACGGCUCUCUCGAAGUUCGCGAGUUUGGUCUAAUUGAGGUUGCUCUAAAAGACCACGCCUACGUUGACUGGUGGGGUUUUGAUGGAAACACACCGCUACAAGCCGUAAUGUCAACGUCAAAAAAAGCUGUAGGGAGAUUUUUGAAAGGAGACCAAGCAGAAGAUAUAAGAGCCAAAGGUGUCCGUGCCUGUAUUGUACUUUUAGGCGCUGGCGCUUGUUUGAUGGGUAAUGAGGUUCAACUAGCAAUGGCCCUCAACAACUGCAGUCUGGUUGAAGCUAUAGAACGACACGACGUUGAGAGAUCCUGCCAGCUCAAGAGUGCCGUUUCUUUGCUGGAGGCGGCUUUUCUGUCCGGCUUCAAUGACAUGGUACAAUACAUGUUCAAGAGAAGUCCAGAAGCGUACGACGGAGGCGCCCUUUGUGCUGCUGUUCUCUUCGCGUCAGAGCACAAAUGUACGAAAUUUCUCCAGAGGCUUUUGCAAAACCGCCAAAACAUUGAAUGCCCGUCACUUUUGGAAGGAACAGCCAUCGGCUUAGCUGUCUUCAAAGGCGAAAUGCAAGCACUCAGAAUGCUCUGCGGCCACAUCGGAAUGCCACUUUCAGCAGUCAGUCCUUCGAGUAAAACAAUUUGGAACGCUCUCAAUGAAUGGACAGAAGGACUGAGACAUCUACCAUUCUGGCAUGACAAGCAUACCGUAGUCACUGAGCCACUCUUGUUCAUAGUUGAGUCAACAAAGUUCAACGCGAAGCUCGAAGAACUUGGAUACCGCUCUUGGGAACACUUGAUUCAAGUUAUCCUCAACAUCGAUAGCGAGGAGACUCUCGAAAUUCGACUCUUCUCGAGCGAGUCCGACAUUCGACCAGAACAGCAAAAGGACAAGAGCAUGUUAUUUCUUGUCAAGAGCAACAGAAGGCUAAAACCCGUGGAGAUUGAAGAUUUCUGUAAGAUUUACAUGAUUUUGGAGAGAGGAAGAACCCCGUUGCAGCAGGCGGUUGAAGACGGAAACCUCACUAAAAUCGAUCUUCUCCUCGCCGCAGGCGCUGAUAUCAACGCACCGGCCGCAGACCACGCCGGUGCCACGGCUCUGCAGCUAGCGGCCAUCACAGGACGAAUUGGAAUCGCAAAGAUGUUGAUAGAUAUGGGAGCUGACGUUGACGCGCCUCGUGCUCCCGAAUCCGGACGAACUGCACUGGAAGGCGCGGCUGAGCAUGGGAGGAUAGAUAUGAUCCAGCUUCUCUUAAGUGAGGGAGCCGAAACAGGCGGGAAAGGUCGAUUGCAAUACAUGCGAGCAAUCAAAUUUGCAGAGCAACAAGGACAUUUGGUUGCCGCGAACAUGCUGAGAGAAUACCGCGAUUGGACCGUGGAUGACGACGACUUGUGGAGCGAGUUGGAAGACUAUGGGUUUGCUUGGAAAGGGCUCGACGAAAGAGACUUCUUCGACUACGACCGAGGAAUCGACGUUGAGGAUGAAGAAGAUACGCCAAGGACGUCAAAUGAUGAGUUCAGACAGGAAGAUGCUAUGGCUGAAUAG